UUUCUCCUUGCCGUCUGUGAGCGGACCAUUGGGCUAAACACCUAAGAGCUUCUUCGCGGGCGUAGUGCAAACUUCUGAGUGCGCGAACUAGUUUGCAUACCCUUCGGGCUGACCAGUGGGUUGUGACGAUGAUUCUGACCCAUGCCCUCAGAUUACUUUUACUGUAUGGAUUGUUUGCGAUCUGUGUAAAUGAUGUAUAUGGUAAGCACUCUGUAAAUAGCAGAAGGAACAAGACCAGUCAUCAUAACUCAGUAAACGGUUAUGGAUUUGCCCAAAAGACAAACUACAAGAACUUGUCUAAGCAUCUACUGGGAAAGUUGGAUUCCUCUUGCAGGAAUAGUCCACCUCCGGAUAUAAAUAAUGGCAAGUUCGUCAGGUUCAAGAAGACCAGGAUCGAUGCUGGAAAGCCCAAGUCAAAGCGUUACAUGGUGGCGGAAUUUAAGUGUAACGAAGGUUACAAAUUUAGAAAUUCCCAUCCUAAGAAAAUGUUUUGCAGCAAAAAGAAAUGGGUUGGGAAGAAACCAGUUUGUGACAAAAUUAAAAAUGAUUUUGACACGCUCCAGGGUGAUGAUCCCAGCGCAGCAUCGCCACAGUAUUUUCUGAACUCGGGAGAGUGUUCACCAGAGGACCAGGCGAAAUGCACACAUAUGUGUCGAAUGCGUGACGGUCAACCACUGUGUGACUGCUUACCAGGAUUCGAGAAGGACGGUAGCGAUUGUAGAGACAUAAAUGAAUGCGAGAAUCCUAAAAUAAUUGAGGUUUGCAAAUUUGGUUGUGUUAAUUUUGUCGGAUCGUAUUAUUGUAAAGAACCCUCAGACGCUGUACUUUCUGAUGAGUCUGUUACUGACAACGAAACGAUUCCUAACGAAGAAGACGAAGACGAUUACGAGGAUGAAGAUUACGAUGAUGGGGACUACGAAGAAGAAGAUUAUAAGGACGAAGAGAAUUAUGAUGAAAUUGAAAAUUCUGAGAAAGACUCAAAUCAACAAAAAGAACACGAAAAAUCAGCUAUGGAAAGGAGUAGCGGGCGUGAUAUGGCAACUGAUAAUAAAAAAGAAUAUGACACAAUUAACAAAGAUGAAAAUUUAGAAUUGUCUAUGAAAGAAGAUACUAAAACAACAACCACAGAAAAACCAGUUGCUUCAACAGGAGAUAUCAGCAAAAAUAAUAUUGGGGAUGACUACGAUGAUGAAUAUAACGAAAACGGUGUAACAAACUCAACUAAACUAACUGGCGAAAAUGAUGUGGUUGACUCAAUUACCAAAGAAAAUAAAACGUUCAUCGAAAAUAGGGUAAAUGUAAAUGCGACAAAUAUCGAUAGCUCUACUAUAGUAAAUGUAACAAACCAAUCAAAUACUGAAACAAGGAAAGAGGCAGAUGAGGAUGUAAUGUCGAAUUUAGGGAAAACUAAUAAUAAUACUUUUUUGGUUCCAAAGAAAGAAAUUCAAAAUAAACAAGAUCAACAUUACGAAGAGAAUUAUGGAGAUAAUAAGGAAUUAAAAAAGACUGACGGUAACACAGCGGUAGAACCACCACCUACUGUUAGUAGUACUGAUAAUACUACUGUAACAUCGAAAACAGAAAUAAUUAAAAGAAUUGAUGAUUCCUUAGAUGAGGAAUAUGACGAUGAUUACGAUGAUGAGUACUAUGAUUCCAAUGAUAAGAAAGUAUCAGAAACAAAUAAAACAGAGGUUGGUAAAAACGAGAAAACUACAGAAAAUAACGGUAGAGGAUAUUUGCCAGAAGUAGAUAUCGGUAAGGUUAACACAGGUAUACACGAAAUCAUAAAAAAUAGUACACAAAAGAUUAAUAAUGUAACAGAAGAAUUCAUAAUUACCGCUACUUCGAAGUCCGAAGAAACUACGGAAAUUACUGAAGAUGAGGAUGAUGAUGAAUACGGAUAUGAAGAUUACGAAGAAGAGGAUUACAAAGAGAGUAAAAAAGACGAGAACAAACCACUACUAAAGGAAGUUUCAAAAUGCGAGAAGGGAUAUACUUUGGAUGAUAAUGGAGAAUGUUCCGAUUUGGAUGAGUGCUUGGCGGAUGACAACCCUUGUUCUGAUGACUGUCAAAAUACAAUAGGCAGUUACUUCUGUACUUGUCCCACAGGAUUUACUAUUUCACCAGUGGAUCUUCAUUCAUGUCAAGAUGUCAAUGAAUGUCUUCAUAAUCCUUGCUCGCAUAUCUGUGCGAAUUUAGCCGGUUCCUACCGGUGCGAAUGCCCUUCAGGAUUAACACUUCAAAACAACACGUGCGUCAAUUUGACCUGUUCACAUGGACAAACUAAAAUAAAUGGCUUGGUGCAAUGUACGUGCCCCUCUGGUUUUGUUCUGGGUUUAGAUAACCGUACUUGUGAAGACGUGGACGAGUGUCAAUUAGAUAAUCAGUGUUCCGAUAUAUGUCGUAAUACCAUAGGUUCUUUUGAUUGUGCUUGCAAUGUCGGAUACGAGCUUAUAAAUGGAGCGAAUUGUGAAGACAUCGAUGAGUGUAAAACCAACCACGGAUGUCCACAGCUCUGUCAGAACUUGCCUGGUAGCUUUAAUUGUUCUUGUGAAGAUGGCUACGACUACCAUGAAAGAGAGAAUGCCUGCAUAGAUAUAAAUGAGUGUGACGAGGCGCUUGAUUUAGAUGAAUGCACCCAAAUAUGUGUAAACUAUGAUGGGGGAUAUGAAUGUGCUUGUUAUGGUGGCUACAAACUCGCCAACGAUGAUGCGACAUGCGAAGAUAUAAACGAAUGUGCCAACAGUAACGGUAACUGUAGCCAGAUAUGUACCAAUAAGCCAGGAUCAUACAUGUGUGAGUGUAAACUUGGGUACAUACUGGGCAAAGACAAUGAAACUUGUCAAAUUUCGGAUCCGUGUUUAAUAAUGAAUGGGGGUUGUUCUCAUCAGUGUACGAAUGAAAAUGGCACAGCAGUCUGCAAAUGUCCCGAGGGUCAAGUUCUAGAAGGGAAAGAUUGCUACAAAAUCGAUCCCUGUGUGGCCAAUAAUGGCGGCUGCUCUCAUGAAUGUGUAAAUGCCAAUGGAGCAGUCAGGUGUGAAUGUCCUGAAGGAUAUGAAUUGGUAAAUGAAACCAAUUGUGUGCAAAUAAAUCUUUGCACUAUCAACAAUGGAAAUUGUUCCCACCUUUGUGAGUUUGUUGAUGGUUAUGUUAACUGUUUAUGUCCAGAUCUGUACGUGAUACAAAAUAAAACUCAAUGCGUCGAAAUUGAUCCUUGUACAGAAAAUAAUGGCGGCUGUUCACAUAUUUGUGCUUUCGAAAACCAUGCGGUUAUUUGCUCGUGUCCGCGUUCACACGAACUUCGCAAUAAAACGCAUUGCUUUGAGAAAAAUCCAUGUUUAAUAGAGAAUGGUGGGUGUUCGCAUUCGUGCCACUUUUCUAAUGGAGUUCUAAGUUGCAGUUGUCCGGAUAAUUUCUAUUUAGAGGGAAAGACUUGUUAUCGCACUGAUCCGUGCUUGACGAAUAAUGGUGGGUGCUCCCACGAAUGUUAUUCAGAUGACGAAGGACAGGUCCGUUGCUUCUGCCCAGUGAACUUUGAGCUACAAGAUGACGGAAAGUUUUGCUAUCCUAAGAAUCCUUGUUUACUGAAUAAUGGAAACUGUUCACACAUUUGCGAUUUUUCCACUGGAGCACGUAUUUGCUCGUGCCCUGAAGGUUUCAAAUUAAAAAAUAAAAUUCACUGUGAGGAGUUCAAUCCCUGUUUAUUGGAAAACGGUGGUUGUUCCCAUAUUUGUACGAAUGUUAAUAACAAAGCACAGUGUUCUUGUCCUGAUCACUAUAACUUAGAAAACUUGACUACUUGCGCACCAGUGAACCCUUGCUUGAUCAACAACGGCGGAUGUUCUCACGAAUGUGUGAACGAGAAUGGCGAAGCAUUUUGCACCUGUCCCGAUGGGUAUAAACUUCAUGGGAGAAAAUGUGUGGCAGUGAACCCUUGCGAAACGAAAAAUGGGGGAUGUUCUCACGUUUGUACGAGUAUCAACGGUCAGGUUAUAUGUAAAUGUCCUCCAGGACAUGAACUGAUAGACAAGACCUGUUUCAAGAUAAACCCCUGCUCAAUUACCAAUGGGGGUUGUUCGCAUGGUUGUACCAACGUCAACGGUCAGGCCAAGUGUUCCUGUCCGCCAGGAUAUAAACUCUUCGGAAAGAAGUGCUCCGAUGAGGAUCCCUGUGCGAAAAAUAACGGAGGAUGUUCGCAUUAUUGUAAUAACAACGAGGGGAAACGGGAAUGUUCCUGUCCGCCUGGUUACCUUCUAAGGCCCAAUAAGAGGAUUUGCAAGGAAAUCAAUGAAUGCAAGCUGAAUCGCGGUGGUUGCUCUCAUGGUUGCAAGAAUCUUCCUGGGUCGUAUCAGUGUACUUGUCCGAAUGGUUUUAUGCUGGAUCCAAGGAAUAACAGAACCUGUAUUGACGUAGAUGAGUGCCAAAUGAACAAUGGGAAUUGUCAGAUGCUCUGCAGAAAUUUCAAGGGCGGUUUCAAAUGCGAAUGUUCUGAAGGAUACGUAAUUCAGAAAGAUAAGAGGACCUGCAAAUUAGGCACCAGUACCACGAACUGCAGAGUUCCGAAACCACCCAAAAACGGCGUUAUGAGAUGUUUGGAUCAAAAUUCUGAUCCAAAUAGAUCAGUUCCAGUUGGCACCAAGUGUAACAUGUGGUGUAACAAAGGGUUUAAACUGGAAGGGAAUACUCAACGAAUUUGUAACAAUUCCGGGGUCUGGGAGGGUGAAGAGCCGUUUUGUGUAGUGGCAUCAUGUCCAAGCUUGCCUGAUGUUCGGAACGGAUGGUAUGUACCGGAUGUUUGCAACGCCGGUAAGAGGUUCUUAGGGGAGACGUGCAAAAUUUCUUGCAAGAAGGGUUAUAGAAGAAAUAUAAAAUUCCACAAGUACGUGUGUGGUGAAGAUUUGCAGUGGAGCCCCUCCGUUAUAUCUGACAACUUAAAUGUGGCCUGCGUAAAAGAUGUAUCAAACGUUUAUAUAAAAUGUCCAGGAAGUGGUGUUCUGGAAUUUGUUCUACCGCCAAGUCAACGACAAAUGAUCGUGAAAAUUCCUAGACCUGAAACCAAUGUGGAUUUUGACAGAUACGUAACUUCCUACCCAUCCUGGGGAAAGCGUUUGGAGACUACGUUGCCGGCAGGGAGGUCGGAAGUUCGUUUUACAGCCAUGGCACCGGGCGAUUUCAAUAGUUCCUCGGCCUCUUGCAGCUUGACGGUCAACGUUUUAGACAAGGAACCCCCGCGCGUCGUGGGCUGCCCGGUAAAUCUCGAAAGGGCUUUGAUGAGCAACGAGCAAAUGCAGAUCAUUCAUUGGCGGGAACCAAUGUUUUAUGACAACGUUGGAAUUUCAACCGUUUACAAGUCUAGGGAACCUGGAAGCGAAUUUGGCUUAGGUUUACAUCAUAUUUCCUAUGUUGCUAGCGAUGAAGCAGGAAAUAGAGCGUUUUGUCAUUUUACAGUUGAUGUUAAAGACGAAUACGAUUCAGAAGUAGCUAAUUCAGUUCGGGAGCAAGCGACGUUUGCCAACCAUAAUAGUGCUGGUAGAUACAGGGCGGUUUUAAUUUGUCCCAGCGGUGUGCAGUAUAUGUCAAAUCCACCUGACAGUUACAAUAAUAUGUUAACAAGCGAGGCUGGGUGCUACUGGAGGCACGUUAGAGUGACCAAACCGAUGCAGCCGCAGAGUUUUAAAAUACCGAGAGUACACUCUGAGAGCAGAUUACCACAAAGCGUCAGAAGCAACAGAAGAGAGUUUUUCAGAUGGAACAGAUAAAGGGAAACUCCCCAAUUUUGCAUUUGAUGAGUAAUUAUCUAAUAAGUACUUAAAACUGCCAUAAUUUUAGGAUUUCUUAAGACAUUUUAUAAAUGUUACCAAUUAUUAAUUGAAGUAAUGUUUUGUAUAUCA